CUCUCAGAGUCUAUUCAGUUACUCACCCACUGACGUUGAGCCCGUUCUCAGUGGCCGUGAGGGGGGAAGAUAUUUAAAAACAAGAGCCGAAAAUUACCGAGGACUUUCUCCGCUUAAUAACCCGGGGCUGAAAACGUGAGGCGCUGAAGUGUUUCUCCUCCUGGUGUGUGAAUGGGUGGGGGGGCCCUUCGUGGUGAAGAAUCAAGGAUUGAAGUCAACACUGUGCGCUCCAGUUUAAUGGCUGGCAGGUAGAGGCCGAAGAGGGACAAUCAACAUGAACUCGAUUCCGUCGAUGGACAGACACAUACAGCAGACCAAUGAUCGUCUGCAGUGUAUCAAACAGCACUUACAAAAUCCAGCAAAUUUCCAAACAGCAGCGACUGAGUUGCUGGACUGGUGUGGUGACCCAAGAGCCUUCCAGCGCCCCUUUGAGCAAAGCCUGAUGGGAUGCCUAACGGUGGUCAGCCGCGUAGCAGCACAGCAGGGCUACGACUUGGACCUGGGCUACCGCCUCCUGGCUGUGUGCGCUGCCAACAGGGACAAGUUCACUCCAAAAUCAGCAGCUCUCCUGUCCUCAUGGUGUGAGGAGCUGGGACGCCUCCUCCUCCUCCGUCACCAGAAGAACAGGCAGAACGAGCCUCCAGGAAAAGUGCCCAUGCAGCCCCCCUUGAGCAACAUGAACAACAUGAAGCCCAGCCUCUCACACGGAGAUGGGUCUUUUCCCUACGACUCAGUUCCCUGGCAACAGAACACCAAUCAGCCUCCAGGUUCGUUGUCUGUGGUGACUACCGUCUGGGGCGUGACCAACACGUCGCAGAGCCAGGUGUUGGGGAAUCACAUGGCCAACAACAAUAAUCCCAUGAACCCUGGGGGCAACCCUAUGGGCUCGGGUAUGUCUGGUAACAAUCCAGGGAUGAACUCUCCUCAGUUCCCAGGCCCUCAGCAGCAAUUCCCCAACAAAGGCAACUCCAACCAGGGCUACAUGCAGCAGGGCAUGUAUGGACGGCCCAACUACCCCGGAGGAGGAGGCUUUGGUGGCAAUUACCCUGGAGGGCCUAAUGCUGGACCUGGAGGAAUGGGCAUCCCUCCACACUCCCGUCCUCCUUCAGACUUUACCCAGCCUGCCGCUGCUGCUGCUGCCGCCGCUGUUGCUGCUGCUGCAGCCACAGCAACCGCCACUGCCACAGCAACCGUAGCUGCCCUGCAGGAAACCCAGAACAAGGACAUGAACCAAUACGGACCGGUAGGACAGGGCAAACGACUGACAGCACCUAUGAGUUCCUCUUUCCAGAUGGGACCAAACCAGGCGUACAACAGCCAGUUCAUGAACCAGUCAGGACCCCGCGGCCCAACGUCUCUCCCUGGUAACAUGGGCAGCGGCAUGAAUGCAUCAAACAUGAGCGGGCCCCCCAUGGGAAUGAACCAGCCCAGGGGCCAAGGCAUGGGGCCUUUCGGGGGCCAUGGCCAAAGGAUGCCACAGCAAGGAUAUGCAGGACCCCGGCCUCAGGGCAUGGGUAUGCAGGGCAUGAAAAGACCGUACCCAGGGGAGCCAAACUAUGGUGGGCAGCAGUAUGGACCAAACAACCAGUUCCCCAACCAGCAGGGGCAGUACCCCACACCCAACACCUCUAGGCCACUGCCGUCCCCCAACUACCCCAGCCAGAGGAUGCCAGGACAGCAGCUACAGGGUCAAUACCCGCCUCCAAGCGGUGCCAUGGGCCAGUACUAUAAGCAAGAGCCACCUUUUAAUGGCCAAACAAAUAACUUCUCCGGGAGUGGAUAUCAGUACAGCCAGGGUAAUAUGAAUGGGCCGCCCAGACCAGUGGGUAAUUACCCUCACUCCCCAGUGCCGGGCAACCCCACCCCUCCAAUGACCCCAGGAAGUAACAUCCCUCCAUACCUGUCACCAAACCAGGAUGUGAAGCCACCCUUCCCUCCUGACAUCAAACCAAAUAUCACCGCACUCCCUCCCCCUCCAGCAAACCACAACGAGGAGCUGCGUCUGACUUUCCCUGUGCGAGACGGGGUAGUCCUAGAGCCCUUUAGGCUAGAGCAUAACCUGGCAGUCAGCAACCACGUCUUCCACUUACGGCCCUCUGUACAUCAGACGCUCAUGUGGAGAUCGGACCUGGAGCUGCAGUUCAAGUGCUACCACCACGAAGACCGUCAGAUGAACACCAACUGGCCGGCGUCGGUCCAAGUCAGCGUAAACGCCACGCCGCUGACCAUCGAGCGGGGUGACAAUAAGACCUCCCACAAACCCCUGCACUUGAAACACGUGUGCCAGCCAGGAAGGAACACAAUCCAGAUCACAGUCACUGCCUGCUGCUGUUCGCACUUAUUUGUGCUGCAGCUGGUCCACAGGCCCUCGGUUCGCUCUGUCCUCCAGGGCUUACUGAAGAAGAGGCUUCUUCCUGCAGAGCAUUGCAUCACCAAAGUUAAGAGGAACUUUAGCAGCGUAGCAGCAUCAUCGGGCAACGCAACGCUCAAUGGAGAGGAUGGCGUGGAGCAGACGGCCAUUAAGGUUUCCCUCAAAUGUCCAAUCACCUUCCGGCGAAUACAGCUUCCAGCAAGAGGCCACGACUGUAAACACGUUCAGUGUUUUGAUUUAGAAUCAUAUUUACAACUGAACUGUGAGAGGGGGACAUGGCGAUGUCCUGUAUGCAAUAAAACAGCGUUGUUAGAGGGACUCGAAGUGGACCAGUACAUGUGGGGAAUCUUGAACGCCAUUCAGAACUCGGAGUUUGAGGAGGUCACCAUUGACCCGACAUGUAGUUGGCGGCCAGUGGCUAUUAAAUCUGAUAUCCACAUCAAGGAGGAUCCAGAUGGACCACUAGCCAAGAGGUUUAAGACGAUGAGUCCCAGCCAGAUGAUCAUGCCUAAUGUGAUGGAAAUGAUAGCUCAGCUCGGCCCCGGACCAUCACCAUACCCAUUGCUAUCUUCUCAGCAAGGGGGCAACAACAGUGAAUACGGCAGCCAAGGCAACAGUUUCCAGGGGCACGGGAACUUUGACUUCCCUCACGUCACUCCAGGUGGUACGUCGAUGAAUGAUUUCAUGCACGGUCCCCAGUUGUCUCAUCCACCUGACAUGCCCAACAGCCUGAUGACCCAAGACAAGCCACUCUCCCACAACAUGCCUGACUCUAUACCUCACUCUGCCAGCAAUGACCAGUCGCAUGGUCCAUUGCAGCAGAGCUUACAUGCGUCUCCACACCCUGGGAGCCAAUCAGGGCAACAGCUACACCACAGCGGGCCUCCUCAGCCGUCACGACAAGCUCUGCCUCCUCAGCAACAGCAGCAGCAGCAACAACAGCAGCAACAGCAGCCCGGCCCCAACAACCAUCCCCACGGUGACCUGGCCUUCAACCCCUCCAGCAGUUUGGACAGCCAAACAGGGUCGGACAUGCCUGAGCCAUCUUUAGACCUUCUUCCAGAGCUCGCUAACCCAGAUGAGCUGUUGUCGUACUUGGAUCCACCAGACCUCCCCAGCAAUAGCAAUGACGACCUUCUAUCGCUCUUCGAAAACAACUGAGGCGAUUCAGAUACACACAUAAACUUUUCUGAAAGUUCUGCCUACAGUUUGCCUGAGAACACAGGGCAGUCACUCAGUACUUGAUAAACACAAAGAUGCACUCCCUUUCUCUUCUUCCUCUUGUACAGUUUUCAUUGGCCAGCGCAGAUUGACUGAAAGAGCUUAAAACUCAAAGACAUGGCGGGAUGCAGUGGGGUCGCCCCGCCCUCUCACCCGGUGGCGAUACUUUUGAACUGUGCAGCUAUACUCAGUUGAUUUUUUUACGCCACACACAGGUGUAUGUGUGCACAUUAGGAACGUGUUGUAGCAUUUUUUUAAUUUGUGUUUUGUUUCCUUCAGAGAAGAAAAAAGGAACUCACUGUAUAAAAGAGAAAAAAUAACUGCGCUAUCUGGCCAGUCUGCAUUAUGUCCAUAUUGUUAUUCCAAUCUGAGAAGCCACAGCUUCCUGGUGUCACAGCUCCAUUCCCUGACUGGUCUGGUUAAUCGCACUGUUUUUGUCCAUCACACAUCAUUUAAAAGCACAAAGAGAUUUUGGCAAUGCAAAAAAAAACAAAAACUGUCUUUACGGAAGAAAAACAAUGAUCAAUUAGAUCAGCGUAUGUCUGUCCUUGUCUAAAUGUUUUUUAAAAGAUUUUUUGCUCUUCUGCCAACAUUUUAAAACAAUUUUUGGGAAUGAUCAGCUUCCACUUUUUCCACAAUUUGAUACAUACAUAUUUUUGUCAAAAAGAGAUACCCCUGCUUUUCAGUCCUAUGACGGCUGAUAGCUGGAACGGAGAAGAUUUUGGCCCCACUAAAAGAAAAAUGAUCCUCCCAUAUAGAGGAGUGAUUUUAAUGGAAACGAAAGGUACAAUAUGAGAGAUUGGAGUUCCUGUAACGACCCCGUUGCGUUUAUUGCUUCCUGCUGUAGCUCCUUCCAUGCCGUCUGCUCCGCAUGAGCCCCCGGUGUCACUCGUGUCAGAAUCUGUGCAACGUUGCAUCUCUCUACCUGUUAAAUGAUGUGCUGUUUAAGUAGUCUACAAAGUGCAUGUGUGCCAAGCCCUUGUCUAGUGCUGUUCCAAGUGAUAAAAAGAAAAAAAAGAUAGUGUGGUUUUUAUCAGUUGCUGUUUUCAACAGCUCUUUUCUUUGUAUGUUUGUUUUUGAUUUCUGUCAGAUUUAGUAUGAUUUAUUUAACACUAACUUUGAAGGGAUAAUGCUGAUGUCAGCGAUACAUUUGUCAUGUAUUUGCUGGAUAUACUGUGUUAUGUUUGUUUCUUUCCUUGUUUAUGUUGCUGCAUAAUUAAACUAUCCAUACAUUUGAGAAACUGCUCAGCAUCACCAAAGUUAGAGGGAUGAGAACGGAGACAUUUGUGUUUGCUUGGUCCUGUGUGACUGUGAGUGUGUGUGUGUGUAGGGGUGUGUGUGUGUGUGCGUUUCUAUUAGUGUGAUAGGAGGUAAUAUUGAUUUCAAAGAUAUAGGGGAGGACAAAUACAGUUUAUCCAUCACUGCUGUCCAAGAAGUGGUUUCUUAAAGCAGUAUUGGUGCAGACCUUUUGCCACAUUUGUUUUCCAUUUCACUUUUUGAGAAGAGUGCUGUUCAGUAUGCAAAUGUAUUAUUUUUUAAGAAAUGCUAUUUUACUGUAAAUAUCAUUGUGAAUAUUUUUGUAUCAUCUUGAUAAUGUUUGUCCGUUGAUCAUUAGUCGUCCAACCUAACCACGUAUGCUCCCAAACUCCCAUCUAACCACUGACUUUGUUUGUAACCAGCAUACGACACCUGUCUCGCCUUCCCAAUGUGGGGAAGUCAGUCCAAAUGUCUCAUAAGCUAUUUCCUGCAGGUCAUUGUGCUUUCUAGUCACUUUCCUCCCAGUGCACUCUGUCUCACACCUGUCAUUUGUAGACAGGUGUCCCAUUUUUAUGUGCGCCCUCCCCCCUUCUAUGUAUCAGCUCAAGGUGAUUGCAUAAUUUCAGUUUCCAGAUGUCAAGCUCAGUUUUCUUUCACGCUCAGAUGUAUUUGACUGAAAAUGAUCAAUGUUGUCUAUUAAUGAAUUUGCAUUAACAUUUUAUCAGUGAUACUGAACAGUAACGGUUUUAAAAGAUGUGGUAUCCGUUGGCUUUGAGUGUAAUUAGUGGGCUAUGUGAAUACCAUAAUUGUUGCUAAUUGUCAAUACACAGUGGUAUUUUAAAGAUAUAUCACAACCAUAUUUUAAAGAAAUCCAUAAUAUUGUUUAUAUUUUUGUUAUAGAAAAUGUGGCUUUUUUAAAAGCACGAGACCAUAUACAUUUUUAUCCCGUUUUGUUUUGGUAAAUUAUUUUGUACUGGUUUUCUUAUUAAUCUGUAAGGCUAGAAAUCCAAUUUCUUUCAACCGUAGCAUUGUGCUGAUUUAACCGCCCUGGUUUUAUGUAAACAUUAUUUUCAAGAAAUAUUAUUUGUUCCAUUUCGGCACACUGACAUGUUGUUUCAUAUUUAUGUCACAAAGAGACAUCUAAUCAAAUAAUUCCUUUUUUUUAAAGACACACUGCCACAUUUUUAUUUAUACUAUCUGAAUUGAAACUUUUGAUCAAUCCCAUGGAAGUCGUUAUUAUUUCAUAUUUUGUUCUCACUUUCAAGUGAGCAACUGUGGUGUAUAAGGUAGCACCUCAAAUCUGUAGUUGCACAAUCACAAUAAAUGGCCAUUUCUCUGG